UCCUUGUAUAUCCCUCCGCCCUCCGACGCAGUUGUCAAAUACCCUGAUCUAGUUUGUAAACACUAUCGACGGCAGGUUUUCUUGGAGAUUUUGAAGAUCUCCCAAACCUUGACAAUGAAGUUUAUGUACAAAGAAGAGCAUCCCUUUGAGAAGCGACGGUCCGAGGGGGAGAAAAUCAGAAAGAAGUACCCGGACAGAGUGCCUGUUAUUGUCGAAAAAGCUCCCAAAGCCAGAAUAGGAGAUCUGGACAAGAAGAAAUACCUCGUCCCGUCUGAUCUCACAGUUGGGCAGUUCUACUUCCUUAUUCGAAAAAGGAUCCACUUGAGGGCUGAAGAUGCCCUGUUCUUUUUUGUCAACAAUGUCAUUCCUCCCACAUCAGCCACUAUGGGACUGCUCUACCAGGAGCAUCACGAAGAAGACUUUUUCCUUUACAUUGCCUACAGUGAUGAAAGCGUGUAUGGGGACGUUUUGAGAGACGUGUAACCAAUUUACUUGCUCCACAUUACAGGUCUUUAAAAUAAAAUGAUCAAUACGUUAGGCUACUUGAGGUGUACAUGUUGAAUGCACUUUCAUAUCCCCCUCCUAGUCUGUUUAUGAAAUCUUGUUUGUACUCUAUGCUGCCUGCAUUUUGUUCUUUUCUGCUUAAGAAUUCCCCCCUCAGUCUUGCUUUACUAAGAUGGACCUAGUAAAAUCUUUGCCCUGGUCCGUUUCAGUAAAUUUCAGUGGGUUUCAUAUCCAUAAAGGUUUUUUUCAACAUUCUACACUUCUCCUUUCACUUUUCCUCAUUUUUACUCCGCACCGUCAUGCAUCACGCAGUUGUGCUACUGCAGUCUAGCUUAGUUUAGAUUUUUUUUAGCCACCCAAUUUGCACAGACCAAAAUCAUUUAUAAUACUGGACUAUCAUACCAUGUAAAGUGUGAAUGUGUGUUUGUGUACUGUUGCCAAUUAUUAUUUUAAAAUAAGUUGGGAUUGCUUUUUGUUUGAAUAAACUGUUUAAAAGGUUUCAUUU